GAUUGCGCAUUCGAUUCAAGAGCCCAACCGCACGCGAAAGUCAGAGAGGAUCCGAUCCGCUUGCGCCGCCGACCACCUCCAACUCCGGCGAUGGCGCGGCGCGGCGGCGGGCAGACGUACGGGUUCCCGAUCUACUGCGCCUCGUGGCUGCCCCUCGCCCACAUCCUCAAUCCGCCUCCUCCGGUGGAGGAGGGGGAUGCGGACGCGGACGCGGGCGCGGCCUCGUCGGAGUCCCCCGCUACGCCGCCUCCGCCUCCGCCGCUCAUGGCGGCGCUCGGGGGAGGGGGCGGGGAGGGGCGGAGCGGCGUGCCCAACGCGCUGGUGGUGGCCGCGCUCGACACCUCCGCUGGGGCGGCCGCGGCGGCGGCGCUGUCCCCCGACCCGGUGUUGAGGAUGGGGACGGAGGAGCAGGUGCCGUACAGGAUGGGCGUCCACCCGCGCGGCGACGGCGUCCUCUGCGCAUUCCCCAAUGGCUGCAGGUUAUUUCGAUGGGAAUCACAGGAAGGAGAGGGACCUGAUAAUAUAGCUUUGAGGGCUGAUCAGGAGGCACUGACAGAGUUGAGUGAUGCUGGUUUGCAGUUAGCUGUGUCAUUCAGUGGAGAAGGUUCAAUACUUGCGACUGGUGGUGAGGAUGGUCAUUUAAGGGUCUUCAAAUGGCCUUCCAUGGAUUCCAUUCUUGAAGAACCCGAUACGAAAACAUCAGUGAAGGAUUUAACCUUCAGCUCCGAUGAACAUUUCCUUGCUGUGAACAGAAGCAGUGGCCCAUGUAGAGUAUGGGACUUGAAGUCAGCAGAAGUUGUAGCUAAUCUCCCAAGAGAAGCAGGAGAAAUAUUUGGUUUCUGCAGAUUCUCUAAUCAGACUGACAACAGUCAGAUCCUCUUUGUUACAGCGAUGCAAGGUGAUUAUGGGAAAAUAAUAUCUUGGAAUACGACCUCGUGGACGAGAAUUGGGUCAAAUAAAAUAACACGUGAGGCAAUUUCAGCAUUUGCUGUCUCGCCUGAUUGUACACUUCUUGCAAUUGGAACUAUUGAAGGAAGCAUUAUUGUACUAAGUUCAAAAAAUAUGCGGUCGCUUGUAACAGUUAAAAAGGCACAUCUUGGCAUUAUUACUACAUUGGCAUUCUCUCAAGAUUCAAGGACCUUGCUGUCGACUUCCUUCGAUUCUACUGCUAGGGUGACUUCAAUUGGAUCACCUAAGAGUCGUGGUAUAAGUAUAUGGACCAUGAUACUGGUUAUUAUUCUUGCAAUUUUGGCAUACUACUAUAUGCAGCAUAAAGAGGAUCUCUUAGCAAGGUUUCUACAUUGAGAAAUUUGUCCAGGCUCUGAUUUUCAUCGCUUAAUUUAUCAUCUGAUCGUCUACUGGAGAUAUAUGUGAUACCGUCUGGGAGAUCAUUUUUGUCUUAGGGUCAAAAAGGAGAACUGUCCAAAUUUCUCCUGUCCGCUGAACAUAGCAAGAUCCAGGCCUUCCCUUUGUCACGCUUGUACAAAAAUGGCCAUGUUGUCAAGAGUUUUGUAAAAUUGAAGGGCUCAUGUGAGUUAUAAUGCCCUCUAGCUGCUCUCGUGAGGAAAAUUUCUCGAGUAUAAUGUAGAAAUUUGAGACCAAAUUUCAUGUUCAAAACGGUGUGGGGGAAUAAUGGAUUUUCCAGUGUUUGCGCCUUGCGGUACA